AUGACCUGGGUACAAUUUUCACUGAGGCCGUUAACUCCCUUCCUUGCCAGCAGGUUCUCCUCAGGUUGUUGGGGCCAUUGCUGUUGUGGCAGUGGGGCACAGGCAGUGGAUGUACUCUCUACACUGGACAAUAUUGUUGUGGAUGACACAUUUUAUGUGACCUUUGAUGGCACAAGUGGUGGCUUGGUCGACAGUCAUGACUUGGCGGCAGCCUUCACUGAGGCCUUCAACUCCCUUCCAUUACCAGAAGGUUCACCUUCCAUCAUUGCAGCCACUGCUGUUGGUGAGAUUCCUUUGGAGAGCGGCAUUGCUGUUGAAUUCACAGUCAGCUCCAACCCAUCAGGAAUCAGUGAACAAGUUCUGGAUUCAAGCAAUCUGGCCCAGAUCAUUCAGUCAAUUUCCGAUUCAUUGAGUGGAAGUGGGGCCCAGGCAGUGGAUGUUCUUACCACACUUGAUGGAGUGGUUGUGCCUGAGACCUUCUAUGUGACGUUUGAUGGCACCAGCAGUGGCUUGGUCGACAGUCAUGACCUGGGUACAAUUUUCACUGAGGCCGUUAACUCCCUUCCCUUGCCAGCAGGUUCUCCUCAGGUUGUUGGGGCCAUUGCUGUUGGUGAGAUCCCCUUGGAGAGUGGCAUUGCAGUAGAGUUCUCAGUCAGCUCAAAUCCUUCAGGAAUCAGUGAACAAGUUCUGGAUGCAAGCAAUUUGGGGGAGAUCAUUCAGUCCAUCACCGAUUCUCUAAGUGGCAGUGGGGCACAGGCAGUGGAUGUUCUCUCUACACUGGACAAUAUUGUUGUGGAUGACACCUUCUAUGUGACGUUUGAUGGCACAGGUGGCGGCUUGGUGGACAGCCAUGACCUGGGUACAAUCUUUACUGAAGCCUUCAGUUCACUUCCAUUGCCAGCAGGUUCUCCUGCAAUUGUUGAAGUCAUUGCUGUUGAUGAGAUUGCUUUGGGCAGUGGUAGCAUCGCUGUGGAGUUUGCAGUAAGCUCAAGCCCUGCAGGUAUCAGUGAGCAAGUUCUUGACGCAUCAAAUUUGGUCCAGAUCAUUCAGUCCAUCUCGGAUUCAUUGAGUGGAAGCGGGGUCCAGGCAUUGGAUGUUCUCUCUACGCUGGACAAUGUGGUUGUGGAUGACACCUUCUAUGUAACAUUUGAUGGUGUGGGUGGUGGCCUGGUCAACAGUCAUGACCUGGGUACAAUCUUCACCGAUGCCUUCAAUUCCCUAUCUUUGCCGGAGGGUUCGCCAACUAUUAUUGAAACCACCACAGUUGGUGUGAUCCCGUUGGGAAGUGGAAGUAUCGCUGUUGAGUUUUCAGUUAGCUCGACACCUUCAAGUAUCUCUGAUCAAAUUCUUGAGGAGACAAAUUUGGACCAAGUCCUUCAAUCAAUCUCGGAUUCAUUGAACGGAAAUGGGGCCCAGGCAGUGGAUGUUCUUACUACACUUGAUGGUGUGGUUGAGAAUGACACCUUGCCAUUGAUUCCCUCCCUUUGCCAGCAGGUUCUCCUGGCAUUGUUGGAGUUAUUGCUGUUAAUGAAAUCCCUUUGGAGAGUGGCAUUGCAGUUGAGUUUUCCGUGA